ACAUGGCGGACCGUGUUAUUGCGGUCGGCAAAUGAAAUACUGAUUUGUUUAGGUUAAUUUCAGCUGGUUAUCUACAACCACAGCAGCAUGAAACGACUUCUGAAGCAGCGAUAGAAAUCUUUGUGCUUUGUGGGACUCUCAUAAAAGUGAAACAAUGAGUAACAGAAGAAAGAGGGCCCCUCCUGUGAGGGUGGAUGAAGAAGCAAAGAAAAGGCUGGAAUGGAAUAUGUUGGAAGACCGGAAGAAUGAGCUGAUUCAGGAUGGUGACCAGUUACCAACCAGCUCUCUUUUCAGCAUUGACUCUUCUCCCAGCAGUAGUUCACUACUCACAGCUACUGCUAAUGCUGGCCCAGAGGUGGUCUGCAGCAGUUCUUUUCAGUUCACAGAGGAGAUCCCCGGCAUGUCAGCUGAUACGACUGCUACCUUAGCCUCACUGUCCAUCACUGUGGUGCCGGUUUCGAAGCUGGGCCUUAUGUGGAAGGCACUCCUCUGGGAAUUUAGUGUCCGACCGGCUUGGCUCCCUCCAAACUCAGAGCAAAGAGAGUUUGUGCUUCACAGGACAGAUGAACAGCUCUGCCUCACUUACAGCAGCAGUGAUGAGAGCUCUGGGCUGCAGUGGAUAUCUGAUGAGGACACCUGCACAGUGCAUUGUAGCUUGAGUCGGAUCCCACUGGAGGAUCUCGACUGGCUUCAGAAGAGGAGGGUGGUGCAGCUCUGCCACCAAAUAAAAGACGAGUCAUUUAGGGUUGGGAUUUAUCUGUUGGAAACUGGACUUGGGAAACCUGAGUUCCUGAGUGAAGGAAAUGUGCGUUUGAAGAAAGCAAAUCAACUAAUGCAGAAGUUAAUGGAGCAUUUCUAUGACUUCAUUAUCCCUGAAGUGGUGGAGAAUGAGGAGGAGGAAUGUGAUACUGAUCUGGAGAGACAGAAUGUGGAGGAGCUCUACGAUUAUGUCAGGCAUGUGCACCAGAGAGAAAGCCAGGAUGUGACCUAUGAUGUUCAGCACAAGGCUCUGAAUCCUGUGCUCAGGCCUUAUCAGAGCCAGGCGGUGAACUGGAUGCUGAGGAGAGAAAAAUACAGGAGCACUUCACCCAAAGAACAAAUGUUGCAUUUUCUUUGGCGGGAGUUGGCCACUUUAUGUGGGAAGAAGUUGUUUUACAACCCUUUUACUGGCUGUUUAAUCCGUGAGUUUCCCUUGGCUGGCAUAGAGUGGCCUGGUGGGAUCCUGGCUGAUGAGAUGGGACUUGGAAAAACGGUGGAAGUUUUGGCUCUCAUCUUGUUUCAUACCCGGCAGAACCUGGAGCAGGAAGCUCUUACCCUGCCUGUGGGAAAAUCUGUGAAUUACUUCGUACCGCCUCCCCCACUAGAAAGGAAAAAAGUGAUCCAAAACAAGUCUGACAGUCAGCCCAAAAUGAAGAUAUCCUACCCAACUGUGCGUGUCAUGCUGCUCACUGCUAUAAAGGAAAUGAGAUCUGGCAAAGGAGCCUCAGUGAAUGCUAUUUUCACUUAUAUCCGUGCUACAUAUGGAUACGACCUCUUAAAAAACCGCAACCACAUCAGGAAGACGCUAGUAAAGCUCAUAGAUGAAGGCAUGGUUGAGCGGGUCAAAGGUCGUGGCUUGGCGGGGUCAUUUAAGCUCGGAAAGAACUACAAAGAAACAAAAAAGAUGUUGGCAGGAGCAUCCAAGUUUAUUUCCAAAAACACAGAGUGCACGCCCAGGAAAAUGUUUCAAAGACGAGCAAAGGAGAAAGCAGAAGUGGCUUUGCAGAACUCUUUCACAGAAGAUCAAAAAGAUCCAAACUCUCCUACAUCUGACUAUCCUGCUCUGGAGGAAUCAAAGGCAAAGGAGGAAUUUGAUCAAAGUGUGAAUGAAAAAUCAGAUAAGUCAGAAGACAUGCUGGAUACCUCUGUCUCCUCCCUACAGACGUGUCAGGAUAAAAGUGAGCCGGACAUAAAGGACAUGGUGCGAGUGGACGAUCCACCUGAGGAGGAGACAGAACCCACUACCAGGGCGUCUGUGGUCCCUUUUAACACUCCGGGCUACCGCUUUGAGUGCAUCUGUGGUGAACUGGGUCUUAUUGACUAUAAGGCGCGGGUCCAGUGUAUGAACUGCCAGUUGUGGCAGCAUGCAGACUGUGUGAACUACAAGGAGGAGAGUCUUGAAACGACCCCGUUCUACUGCCCACACUGCCUGGUAGCCAUGAAACCUGUGUCCACAGGUGCCACGCUCAUCAUUUCUCCAAGCUCUAUAUGUCACCAGUGGGUGGAGGAGAUUAACAGACAUAUCAGAUCCUCAUCGCUGCGAGUCCUGGUGUAUCAGGGUGUGAAGAAGCAUGGAUUCAUCCAGCCACAUAUGCUUGCUGAACAGGACGUUGUCAUCACCACCUAUGAUGUGCUGCGAUCAGAGCUCAACUACGUCGACAUCCCGCACAGUAACAGCAAGGAUGGGCGCCGCUUUCGCAACCAGAAGCGCUAUAUGGCAGUCCCUAGUCCGCUAGUAGCUGUGGAGUGGUGGCGAAUCUGUCUGGACGAGGCUCAGAUGGUUGAAUGUCCCACUGCAAAGGCUGCAGAAAUGGCUCUGCGUCUUGCAUCUGUGAACCGCUGGUGUGUCAGUGGCACUCCUGUCCAAAGAGGCUUAGAGGAUCUGUAUGGCCUGGUACUUUUCCUGGGUGUUGACCCGUACUGGGUGAAACACUGGUGGGACCAGCUGCUUUAUCGGCCGUAUCGACGUGGAAACACUGAACCUCUUUACAACAUCAUCAGUCAGAUACUGUGGCGAUCUGCGAAAAAGGACGUCAUUGAUCAGAUCCAGAUUCCUCCUCAGACAGAAGAAGUGCACUGGCUGCACUUCUCUCCUGUUGAGGGACACUUCUAUCACCGUCAGCAUGAGGUCUGUUCCCAGGAUGCUCUGGUCAAACUCAGGAAGAUCUCCGACUGGAGCCUUAAACUGGGCAGCCUCGACCGCCGCACUGUCAACACCAUCCUAUGUCCACUACUGAGGCUGCGUCAGGCCUGCUGCCAUCCGCAGGCUGUGAGGGGCGAGUUCCUGCCUCUGCAGAAAAGUACCAUGACGAUGGAGGAGCUCCUCAAGUCCCUGCAGAAGAAAUGUCGAGUGGAGUGUGAAGAAGCUCACAGACAAUUGGUGUGCGCUCUCAAUGGUCUGGCUGGAAUUCACAUCAUCAGAGAUGAGUUUGUUGAAGCGGUGGAGAUGUAUAGAGAAGUGCUCCGUUCAUCAGAGGAGCACAAAGGCAGACUCAAAACAGAUUCUUUGCAGAGACUUCAUGCCACCCACAAUUUGAUGGAAUUGCUGAAUGCAAAGCAUCCUGGGAUACCCCCUACCCUACGAGAUGACCGACUAAGUGAGGAGGCAGAGCAGCUCCGACAGCACUACAUGACCAAGUAUGACUCUGAGGUGGCAGACGCUCAUCAGGCUCUGCAGCCGGUCUUACAGAACAUCAAGGAGCUCAAACGCAAAGUGAACCUAAAUUCUCCCUGGUGGUUGGAAGUCAUUCAGAAGGCCAUAAGGAGCUCCACUGACGACGACCUGGUGUCCCGCAUCAAAAACGAGCUGACGUCCAACUACAAACAACAACCUAAUAAGCUAUCCAUGGCUGAUAAGUUUCGUGACGGCUCUGGUCUUCAGUUUUUACUCACCACACAAAUGCAAGAUCUGAUGAAAUCCCAAAAGACUGUUCAGGAUGCAGUGAAGAGCCUUGAAGGACCAGCCUCCAAACAAGUGAUUGAUGAGGCCACCAUCUGCCACCUACGGCCUAACAGACUGCCACUCAACAAUUGUGUUUUUUGCAAAGCCGAUGAACUUUUCACUGACUAUGAGUCCAAGUUGUUCUCUCAUACUGUGAAGUGUCAGACAGCUAUUUUUGAAGAAAUGAUCGAAGACGAGGAAGGGCUCGUGGAUGACAGACUCCCCACAACCAGUCGAGGACUGUGGGCAGUCAGUGAGACGGAGCGAGCUCUGAAAGCCAUUCUGUCAUUUAGUAAAAUGAAACGGAUGGAUUCGGACCUGCUGGAGGAGGGCAACACUUUCAUGGAGCUGUUUGAGAACUGGAAGAAAGAGUACAAGGUGCUACAUGAGUACUGGAUGGUUCUGAGGAAUCACGUGUCUGCCAUAGAUGAGCUCGGUAUGGCCACUGAGAGGCUUCGUGUGCGUCUGCCUGAUGAGCCCAAGCCCAAACUUCUGCACAUUAUUGAACCACAUGAGGUAGAGCAGAACAGAGUGAAGCUUUUGAAUGAUCAAGUGGUGGCCAAGUCUCAACUCCAGAAGAAGCUCGGCCAAUUUCUGUAUCUCACUAACCUGGAGAAGUCUCAGGAUAAGUCUACUGGAGGUCUGAACCCAGAGCCAUGUCCCAUCUGCGCUCGUCCUCUGGGACAGGAGUGGGCGGUGUUGACCUGCGGCCACUGCUUCUGUAACGAGUGCAUCGCCAUCAUCGUGGAACAGUACAGUGUUGGCUCACGGCGGCGGGCCAUCAAGUGUGCCAUCUGUAGGCAGACCACGUCCCACACGGAGAUCUCCUACGUUUUCACCACACAGUCGUCCAGUCAAGACCAAGACAUCCCAGUGAAGGGAAGCCACUCUACCAAAGUGGAGGCUGUAGUGAGAACCUUGAAGAAGAUUCAAGUAACUGACCCCGGGGCCAAGUGUCUUGUCUUCUCCACGUGGCAGAGCGUCCUGGAUAUUAUCGCCAAGGCUCUGUUCGACAACAAUAUGGAAUUUUCACAGAUAAAUGGGAUUCACAAAUUCCAGGAGAAUCUCAGCUCCUUCAAAUAUGAAGAGAAGAUCAAUAUCCUCCUCCUCCCUCUCCACACUGGCUCCAAUGGACUGAACAUCAUUGAGGCUACUCAUGUGUUACUGGUCGAGCCCAUCCUCAACCCUGCUCAUGAGCUGCAAGCUAUCGGUAGAGUGCACCGCAUUGGCCAAACCAAGGCAACAUUUGUUCAUAGAUUUCUCAUCAAAUCCACUAUAGAGGAGAGAAUGCAAGCGAUGCUGAAAACUGCUGAGAAAAGUAGCCACAGCAGCACAGCGAUGAAGCACUCGGAGGCUGCUGUACUGACAGUGGCCGACCUUGCAGACCUGUUUACUGAAGACACCGAACCUCUGGAGUGAAUCUGAACACACACACACUCAGCUGAAGAUGAACAGGCAAACAGAGCUCACUCUUUACUACCACAAAUAAACUCUUGCACAUUCCACUUUUUAUAUAAGCUUGAUGAAAAAUUAAUUUCAAAAAACAAUAUUUUAGCAACUCGCUGGCAGCAGUCAAAGAUUACAAGUUUCUUAGUCGUACUCAGACUUGUCUUUGGGGUAUAUUUGUAUAUUUGGAUCUCUUGUUGUCAUAGUUGUAGAUGAAAACUCAAAGGAUCAAUCGCCACUUGAGCAGUUUCAGUACCUGUAUGAAUUGUACUCUUCUCUUGUGUUCGUCAAAUAUAAUGCAUUGUAUUUAAAGCCUUGCUGUAUGAGAAAUUCAUAAAUGAAGUAAUUCAACUUUGAA